AUGCAGGGAGCCAACCGCUCGGACGUUACUGAAUUCAUCCUGAUUGGCUUCUCCACCUUCCCCCACCUACAGCUCAUGUUCUUCCUGCUCUUCCUGCUGAUGUACCUGUUCACGCUGCUGGGGAACCUGCUCAUCAUGGCCACCGUCUGGAGCGAGCACAGCCUGCACACGCCCAUGUACCUCUUCCUGUGUGCUCUCUCCAUCUCGGAGGUCCUCUACACGCUGGCCAUCAUCCCGCGCAUGCUGGCCGACCUGCUGUCCACCCACCACUCCAUCACCUUCCUGGCCUGUGCAAACCAGAUGUUCUUCUCCUUUACCUUUGGUUUCACCCACUCCUUUCUGCUCACCGUCAUGGGCUAUGACCGCUACGUGGCCAUCUGCCACCCCUUGCGCUACAGCGUGCUCAUGAGUCCCCGUGGCUGUGCCUGCCUGGUGGCCUGGUCCUGGGCUGGUGGUUCAGUCAUGGGGACAGUGGUGACCACAGCUGUUUUCCACCUCACCUUCUGUGGACCUAACAAGAUCCACCAUUUUGCUUGCCACAUGCCACCCCUCUUGAAGUUGGCCUGUGGCAGCAGCGUCCCAGUGGUGGCCAAGAGCGUGGGUUUAGUGUGCAUCAUGACCCUGCUUGGCUGCCUCCUCCUCAUCCUGCUCUCCUACGUCUUCAUCGUAGCCACAAUCUUGAAGAUCCCUUCGGUUGAGAGUCGACACAAAGCCUUCUCCACCUGCGCGUCGCACCUGACCGUGGUCGUGGUCCACUAUGGCUUCGCCUCUGUCAUCUACCUCAAGCCCAGGGGCCCUCAGUCUCUGGAAGGAGACACCUUGAUGGGCAUCACCUACACGGUCCUCACUCCCUUCCUCAGCCCCAUCAUCUUCAGUCUGAGGAACAGAGAGCUGAAAAACGCCAUGAAAAAGACAUUCUUCAGCAAACUCUACCCAGAAAACAGUGGAUGA